GACUUGGGUAUCCUAUGACGACCACACCUGCGCCUUCAAAAGGGUCGAGAUGCAUGUAACCUCAAACUGCGCCAGUAGCAUACCAUACCAUAGAAGCUGAAGAGACCAAGGACAAGGACGACCUGCCUUGCAUGGCGCAAUCGGUGAAAAUAUUGUGUAAGGAUGGCUUCAACUUGUACGUCACCAUUCGUGGCAAUAAGGCCGUUCUUGCCCCUGAAGAUCCCGACGACGAAAUGCAGGAAUGGUUCAAGGACUACUCCAGGGUAAGCAGUGUGACGGAUGACAACGGUCAAAGGGUGUUCGCGCUGGUAAACAAGGAGACGCAACAAGCCAUGGUAAACAGAAGGGACGAGCAGGAGGUGCAACUUGUUCCAUAUUACAAAGAUGACGACCGUGUGGAUAUCUCCAUGCUUUGGACAGAGCUCCCAGAGGACCACGGCGACGGCUUUCACCAAAUUGCAGCGCUCAAGAACACAUAUGAGGCCCUGGACGGGCUAGGCGGCAAUUGCAAAGAGGGGACGAUCGUUGGGAUAGAUCCUACGCAUUAUUCAUAUCUCGGAACUGUUAAUAAGAAUCAGCUGUGGAAGAUCGUUGAUAAAGGGACCGCUAGGCGCUUGACCAAAGAGCUAGGACUAGGAGGAGCGCGUCUAAAAAAGUUGGCUCCCAUUUCUUUACGUAACUAAUAAAACUUCACAAUAUAAUAAAAUUUAUGCUCUGUGUUGUGCUAAGUA